AGAAACUACUCUGCUCACCACGAGGAGACCUUUGAGGAGUUCACUGCCAGAUUCGAGAAGGAGUUCGAACAGGCUUACGACUUGUUCGAGGUACAACGUAUCUUGAACAAUGCCUUCUCUUACGAUUUGGUUCCAUCUCCAACUGUGAUUGAACAAGCCUUGAGAGCUGCUAGAAGAGUCAACGACUACGCUACUGCUGUUAGAGUCUUUGAGGGUUUGAAAUACAAGGUUGAGACCAUCGACCAGUACAACGCUUACUUGGAGGAGUUGAAGGAUGUCAGAGAGGAGUUGGGUCUUACUUUGAAGGAGGAUUUGUUCCCA